CCAAAAUCCCGAAGAGGAGUUUUCGUCUGAGAGUGCCAUCCCUAUCGACCGCCGUUUCGAAGACGCUAUGUCGCCAGGUCCCGUUGUUGAGGCCGCUGCCGAUGAACAGCUUCUAUCGGCCGAGGAGAUUCAGAAGAAGAACCAUGAACCCAAGGAUGACGAUGCUCCUGUUGUCGAGGAUGUGAAGGACGACGACAAAGACGAAGACGAUGAUGAGGACGACGACGAAGACGAGGAUGACAAGGAAGAUGGUGCUCAAGGUGCUACUGAGGGUUCAAAGCAAAGCAGAAGUGAGAAGAAGAGUAGGAAAGCCAUGUUGAAGCUGGGACUGAAGCCUGUUACUGGUGUCAGCAGGGUCACAAUCAAGAGAACGAAAAACGUUCUUUUUUUCAUCUCAAAGCCUGACGUGUUCAAGAGUCCAAACUCAGAGACCUAUGUCAUAUUUGGGGAAGCCAAAAUAGAGGACUUGAGCUCACAGUUGCAGACACAAGCUGCUCAGCAGUUCAGGAUGCCAGACAUGGGAUCAGUGGUGGCAAAACCAGAUGCUGCUGCGGCAGCUGAUGCAGGAGCACAGCCUGAUGAGGAAGAAGAAGAGGUUGAUGAAACGGGAGUGGAGCCUCGUGACAUUGAAUUGGUCAUGACGCAGGCUGGGGUUUCGAGAAGCAAGGCCGUCAAGGCUCUCAAGACUCACAACGGAGACAUCGUUGGUGCUAUUAUGGAACUCACUACUUAAUCAGCGCCUUAUGCUGUGUUCGUGUUUUUCUGACGUUUUUCCAUCCCUAAGUUCCCUCGGCGCUUACCGUGUUAACUAUUGGUAUGGUUGGUUUUAUAAUUUUUUGUAUAA